AUGUCCACUGGCAGUGGGCGACCGAGUUGGUGUGGGUGCACAAGAUGUGUCUGGACAUACAACAGCACUUACAAGGACGGUGCCAAGUCGUACGGUGGUUAUGCUGACUACGUGCGCAUCGACAGCAAUUACACUUUCAAGAUUCCCAAGGCCAUCCCCUCCGAUGUGGCGGCACCUCUCCUUUGUGCUGGAGCCACGGUUUUCACGCCACUGAAACAGGAGGGCGUGAAGGCAAGUGACCGAUUUAUUCGUGCACUGGGCACCACACCUGUCGCCUUCUCCCGUUCUGCGGACAAGGAGAAGGAAAUCCUGUCGUCGGGCGCCGAGGAAUUCUACGACCUCAGCGACCCCGAGCAGCAGAAGAAGGCGGCGGGAAGUGUCGACUUUUUGCUGCUAACUGCUGAUGCCAACAAUAUGCCGUACGACCUGUACAUGACUCUGGUUCGCCAGCGUGGUACGUUCAUCAUGCUAGGUGUCCCGAACGAUCAGAUAAAGAUUACUCCGUGGCUUUUGGUUCCACGUGCUGUGUGUGUGCACGAGGCAGUGUGA